GUUUGUUCUUGAACAUCUUUCACGAUUUUUCAGUUACGUCCUGAUUAUUUUAUGCGAUAUUACUGUCAAUUGAUCAAUUUAUAUCUUUUCCGGUAUCAAGAUCGUUUUCGUGCGUUAAAAUCGAAUGGAAUUCAAAGACUUGUUCUCUCAAUGGUCGCGUGCGUCCUCAUUGGCUCAGUAAGAUAACGGAACUUUGUGGUCGUAAGAUGUUCAGAAUAUACAUCAACCGGUAGUCAGUCCAAAAUGCGCGUGGGUGUUGUGUUCACUGAUAGUAGAAUAUUUUGUAAUUAUUUUUAACAUAAAAACAAUGUUACUAGUUUCAAUAGUUAAAAUAAAAAAAUGGAAUAUAAAAUUCUAUCACUUUACCUCAUAAAUACUACGAAAGCUCACAUAAAUUAAAGUCAUUGUAAAUUAUUGCUGUAUGUAACUGUCAAGUAAAUAGUUGGUCAUGUCGCUGUCCGAACACCUGUGGAUUUGGAUUCUUUCUCUAAUGGUAACUACUUCAGUGUUGGCGGUUACCUUCGAAGAUAGUCCCACUGAAAAACACGGAGAUACCAUCGAUUUUAGUGAUGAAAAAUUGAAAGACUCAAGUCAACAAAAAAAUCGAACCCGUCAAGGAAAGGAUCUUUUAGAUUGGAUUGGUUUGGGAACAGGUCCUGGAGUUGAUCCUUAUUUAGCUAGAUUGAAUGAAAUAUGUUUAACUGGAGAUCUUGCUGAAUGUUUCAAAUCACGAGCAAUAAAUUCUUUCUCUGAAUUUUUUGACAAAGAUAAAUAUGAGUUAAAUGAAAAUGUUCGAGUAGUGAGAAUGGGUAGAGAUUUAGUUCAAGAAGUUGAUCGACAACCGUACGAAUAUUCUGCUACUCCAAGAUCAGAUGAUUCUGAAUGGGACCAGUUAGUGAAAUUCAUAUCAAGGAAAGCUGAAAGAUUUAUAAAAACAGUUGCCAUUGAAGUAUCAAUACCAACUUCGGUUACAGGAGAAAAUGAAGUUUAUGCGCCAAGGUUUUUAGAUGAAAUUGCUGAUGAAAUCGACAUUUUAGAAAAUAAAAAGGAUUCAAUUUUUUCUCGUCAUCGUUUAAGAAAAAUUUUAAUUCCAACUUUAAUAAUCCUGAAGUUAUUUAAACUCAAGCUGCUUCUUUUUUUACCGUUGAUAUUGGGUCUUGCAUCCUUUAAAAAAUUCUUGGGAUUCAUGGCAAUCGUAAUACCAGGUUUGAUUGGUUUUUUUAAGUUUUUCAAGCCUAUGAUGACCAACUAUCAACCUCCGAUUUACUCUCAAAGUGGUAUUGGAUUUCCUUAUUAUAAAGAAAACGGUAAUCAUGGAUUUCCCCAUGAGCAUGCUACUUAUCAAGAGCCCGUGAAUUAUCAUGGCAACUAUCAUUCUGAUAGUGGCUAUUACGGGCCUGAAUUGGCCUAUCAGGGAUAUAAACCACAUAGAAAAUAAUAUAUAUAUAUAUGAACUUAAAAUAAUUUAUGACAAAGUGUUGAAAUAUUUUUACAAUAUCUACUCAGUGAUUUCUGAAAUUUAUCAUAAAAUCAAAGACAUUGGUGCUUGUUAAUUGAAGUUAUUGUUAUGAAAAAUUUCUCAUUUCAGAGAGAAUAUCAUCUUGGAUAGUUUGAUCACAAUUCUUACCAAGAUAAAUUUUCUUUGUACAUAUUUAUUAAAGUCUAGAUGUGAUAUGAAUUGAAUACUAAC